AAUAAGUCCAUCUGUGACAUUUCCUGGCUACUAAAUAUUCCACGCUCAACUGUUAGUGGUAUAACAAAGUGGAAGAAACUGGGAACAGCAAGUCAGCCACCAAGUGGUAGGCUACAAAAAAUGACAGAGCGGGGUCAGCGCAUGCUGAUGCACACAGUGCGCAGAAGUCGCCAACUGUCUGCAGAGUCAAUAGCCAAAGACCUCCAAACGUCAUGUGGCCUUCAGCGAGCUUCAUGGAAUGGGUUUCCAUGGGCGAGCAGCUGCACCCAAGCCUUACAUCACCAAGUGCAAUGCAAAGCAUCGGAUGUAGUGGUGUAAAGCACGCCACCACUGGACUCUAG